GGAGUGUCGGCGAUGGAGGAGGCGCUGGCGACCCAAGUACAGCUCUACCUGGACGCCUACGUGUACGAGAACGCGCGGUUUCUAGCAGAGCGGCUUGUUGCGCAUCACCCGAGCGAGGAGAACACGCUGCUGCUGGCCACGUGCUACUACCGCAAUGGGCAGGCGGCUCGAGCUUCGGCAGUCCUGAGCGGCUGCACCAGGCUUGAGAACCGCUACCUGCUGGCCUGCUGCUGCUUCGAGCAGGGAAAGCUGGUCGAGGCGGAGAACGCGCUGCUCGGGGGCGAGAACUGCCACAUCGAUGAUGUUGACGCAAUGGAGAACGUGCCGGCUGGAGCGGCUGGGUUGUAUUUGUUAGGGCGCGUCUGCAGACGCGGGAACAGGAGGCAGCAGGCCGUUGCCUGCUUUGUUAAGAGCUUGGAGACAGACCCGUUCAUGUGGUCGGCGUACGAGCAAUUGUGCGAGCUGGGAGCAAACCUCGAAGCGUCGAGGUUUUUCGGCGCAGAGAACUAUUUCAACAGCGUCGGAGGCGAGCUGCGCUUUGGUGAGGAGGAGGAGUAUUAUCGCGACGACAACAAUGCGGAAGAUCGAUCCACAGACCGGAAAUUUGCGACCCCAGAACCCCCACCGCAUAUUGGACUCGCUACGCCCAAGAGCGUAAUAAACCCGGUAUCCAGCGCGUCUCGACCGUUGUCGUUUAAAACGCCAAACGUGAGCGGUAACGAUGGCACCAACGUCCACACAGCAACCGUUGUGAAGAAGCCACGGGUAACCGAGGAUAUUGGAGCCCCUGCACGACAGAGGAAAACCCACCGGAGGCCUCUCGCUGACAGCGACGAAAAGUUUCGAGCUCAUCCAAGGUUAUCAUUCUCCGCUGCUGGGUUCGAUGAUUCACCGCUGAAUCCAUCGAAAUUAUCGUUGGGCUCUCCGACGUCUCCCUUGCCUACCCGACUUUUUUAUCAGGACAAGACACCGCUUUUGCGUCUGCUUAGCUCGUUUGGCUCUAUUUAUCAGAAGUUAAGUGUGUACAUGUGCCGAGAAGCCCUGGAAAUGCUGGAGCGGCUUCCUCCUUCUCAGCACGCGUCCGGUUGGGCACAGCAGCAGAUAGGCCGUGCAUAUUUCGAGAUGGCUGACUACGUUCGGGCGCAUGAGGUGUUUUGCGCCUUGCACAGAGCGGAGCUUCAUCGGAUGGAAGGUCUCGAUCUGUACUCGACGACUCUGUGGCAUCUCAAAAAGGAGGUGGAGUUGUCGUACUUGGCCCAACAAGCCACAGACUUUGACAAAUUAUCGUGUGAAGCCUGGUGCGUGGCGGGUAACUGUUUCAGCCUCCAGAAAGAGCACGAUACAGCGCUGGCCUUCUUUCAGCGGGCGAUUCAAUUGGACCCAUCGUUUACUUACGCCUACACGUUGUCAGGUCACGAGUACGUGGCGAAUGAGGAUUUCGAGAAAGCGGUGAAUUGCUAUCGGCACGCAAUUCGCGCUGAUUCACGGCAUUACAACGCCUGGUACGGCCUCGGCACGAUCUACUACCGACAAGAGAAGUUCGAGUUUGCUGAGUACCAUUUCAGACGCGCGCUGGAGAUCAAUCCUCGAAGCUCGCUGUUGCACUGCUUCCUCGGUAUGGUUCUGCAUGCUACUCACCGAUACGACGAAGCGCUGGAUACACUGGCCAUCGCUGCCGAGCUGCAACCGCUGAACCCUCAAGCCCGGUUCCAGCGCGCCAACGUCUUGAUCACCCAGCAGCGGUUUGAGGAGGCGCUGGAAGAGCUCCAUGCCGUGAAGAACUUUGCGCCUCGCGAGUCCUCCGUGCACUUCAUGAUGGGCAAAGUAGCCAAAAAGCUGGGCCGCAUCGAGGAAGCGAUGAAGUGUUUCACGUUGGCGCUGCACUUCCACCCCAAGGACAACAAUCAGAUCAAGGUAGCCAUCGACAAGAUCAACGAGCCCGAUCACGACGACGACGACCGCAUGUAG